AUGCCAUCUGACAAGGAUCGAUUGUACGUUGCUCUUUACGCUCGUAGCGGAGCUCCCAAAAUGCCCGGCGGGGAAGACAAGUAUCACUGGGCAUUCCUUAUUGGCCCGAAGGUCGAAGCAAACAACGUGACUGGAAGACGCUGUCAUGCGAAGGAGUCUAUGCAAGCCGCUGCUGGAGUCUUUAAGAGUGUCUGGGUGUACGAGGAUCGCGCGGUAUCUCUGCAACCGACUUCUGCCAUUCUCGUCCGGAUCAUGAUUGGCAAGGUUACCGAUGGAGCACGACUCGCGGAGGCUUUUGCGAAGACUCCCAUACGUGCAGGGCAUGCCGGAUAUGAAAGUUGGAAUUGCGUUUCCUGGAUUCAAGAGGCCCUCAGCUUGGCUGCUCAUGACGGAAAGGCGCUAGGGAGCUCUCGUACCGACUGGAAAUUUGUGAGAGACACUGCCAUGUGGUAUGUUGCAGAGAAGGCCGCUAAACAUCGAUUUGACGGACAAGGGCAGUUUGAUGUAGGGAAGGUACCGACGUGGGAUGCAUUAGAGAAGAAAGAAACGGUUGCUUGAAGGAAAUAACAGGGCAAUUAUAUAUCCCCAAAAUACGUACGCCUAACUUUCUCCAUACUC